AUCUUAGACUGUGUCAAGACUCUGCGCAUCAAGCUGUCUAUGAGAGAAGUGCCUGUUGCGUACAUGAGCACCGAAGACCAACACCUGCACAAGCUCCUGGAGAGGUUCACUGACUGGAAACUGAUCCCCAAGGCCAGUCAGACAGAGCCUGGAGAGGUGCUGCUGGUUCUAGAGAAGGCUGGAGACUUUGCUGCUGCUCGAGCCUGGGCAACUGUACACAAGCUACCCCAGGACAUACUCAAGGAUAUUGAGCAGCGGCACCUGUAUCAUCUUCUGACCCUAGAUCAGCCGGAUACAGUGACCGCCUUCCAGCUGCUGGACAAGCUCAGGCUGGUCUCCAAAGCUCAGUGUUUACGUUUGAGAGAUAAGCUGAUUGCAGAUGAGCGUCUGUCACUGGCCAUGGAGGUGUCCACCAAGUGUGGCAUUGACCCAGCUGGGGUUUGGUCAGCAAUGGGGUUUGCUUGUCUACAUCUUGGAGACUUCACUGGAGCCAGGGACAAGUUUGCACAUUGUCUAAAGGUUCCAGCUGACAAGAACCAGACAUCAGCCAGUCAGAGCCGCCUUUUAGGGGAAAUUCUGGAGUUUCUGGAUACGAUCCCAAGCUCUGGUUUCACUGAGGUGCAUAGUCUGCUGACUGAUCCAGGGAGUAUAUGUGACAUCACCACAUUACUGAUUCCUAGCGUAGGAGAAGAAAAUCGUAUAGAGUCCUGUGCGUACCAGGAAUGUCUGUAUUACCUGAGGACAUAUGGCAGCUAUCUGGAUCACAUAUGUUUCUUACGCCAGCACAGCUAUUGGAUGAAAGCAGCACAGUUUGCUGGUGACUACCAUUGCUCCUCCGAUAUCUUUGUUCAUGGGCUGAUGGUGCCAGCGAUGAACUCGGGGGAGAUGAGCCGGCUGCUGGAACAGAUGUUGAUGCUGGACCCAACCCUGGAGAAGUGGACAGCAUACCUGAUGGCUACCUGCAAGCACCUGCUGAAGCAGAAGUACUUCAACACCUUGUACCAUGUGCAGCUCUUCAUGAAGGACUACAUCCGGGCCGCCAUGACAUGCAUAACCCACUUCUACCAGCGGGGAGCUACCAGUUACUUGGACCUCAGUGGACGACUACAGUUCCUGUUUACUGCACAGCAUCAUCUUGAGGCUUACCUAGAUCCGGGUCAGUGGGGCAGUGUGCGCCACCCUCUUGCUGCAACCACGCCAGUGACUGCUGGGAAACAACCCCCACACUGGGACAAACAGCUCCCAGAAUCCUCUGCUAGAAUGACUUUGUCACGUGAGGAAGUGAAAAAGGAGAUUAAAGUGACCAAGUUUUUGGAGCAGU